UUGUUGUUUCCAUCGCAGACACGAAUCGCUGCUAUCCUCAGCCUUAGCUUGGCCAUGUACGCCACGGUGCAUUAUACAGAAGCCAAUCCCGCACGCAGUCUCGACAUCAACUCCAUCUUCCUGGGGCUCUGUCCGCGAUACAUAGCCCUCCUCGACACUUCAGGAAACCCCGAAUGUACCGAGGAAUUCAUCGCGAGCAUCCAGUACGACCUCAAGGAUCAACCCUCAGCUACCGACAUCAUCGUCUAUCUCACUCUGGCCGAGGAAGGGAAACUGGGAUUACAGACAGCUGAUCCUAACGUCGAGGGCUUCGAGUUCGACUCGGCGUGCGAGAUCUUAGAGCAUCUCUGUACCCCUGUGAUCCGAAUUCCGGACAGUGCUCGCUACAGACGUUCCAGCUCCAACUCCACCUCCACCUCAGGAUCCGGUUCAACAAGUUCAGAGACUAGUUAGAAUGUGUAUCUCUACCGCACUGAAUCAAAUGGAUGGGACUGUAGAGAAAAUUUAAGCAAAGUGUGACGUCUGCUUCGACAGCCGCAUCUCCACCCACCAGAUUAAAUGGAUGAGACUCUAUAGAGAACCCCUGGCAGAUACUACAUAUUGCUUUGAAGAAACAGAUUC